AUGGACAAGAGUUCUUAUACCAGAAAGUCCCCAGAAGAUGACCCCAGGCCUCUAUACGACUUAUUCCGCCAACUCUCGUUCGAAAGAACUAUUGAUCCGGACAAGAUGCAACGGCACAUCCUAGACAGCAUCUAUCGCCUUGUCCAUGGCUCCAACAACAUCGAACAUGGCAGUUUCAACUUGGACACCACAGUCGAGCUUUGCCGCACCAUUUUCGAAGGCUCAAUCAGUGAUCCACCUGAUCUCCUAGUUCUCGACGUGGAAAUCUAUCGAGAGCUGGGCCAACAUCUCAAGGCAGCGCAGUAUCUCAUUUGCCAAACCACCAAGAGCGAUCUGUCGGAGGAUAUUAUCAAGGAAGCGCAUCGCAUCAUGACAAAUGAGUUCAAUCAGACUGAAGGUACAUAUGAUACCGAUUACAGCGGCAAAUAUCGCACAUCUCCCCUGCAAGCAACGUCCCGUCCCUACAUGGACCCCAACAAGAUCCCCGCUGCGAUGGACAAGAUGAUGGGCAGCUACAGAGCUGAUAUCCUGGCGGCGGGGAUAAAAGGAGAGAUUGAUCCUGUGGCGCUUGCAGCAAAAUACAGUCACAUUUUCUUUAGUAUCCAUCCAUUCCAUACCGCCAACGGCCAAAUGAGUCGCCUUAUACUCAACGCCAUACUCUUCAAGUGGGCGGGAUGUCUCGCUCCUUUUGGUGUGGAUGAAGAGGAGUGCGCAGAGUAUCUUUCCAUCGUAGUUGAGGCAAUGGAUCUGGAAACCUCUGAGGCUGCGAGUUGUCAGGGAGUGUCUGACGGCGGUAGACCGACGCUUUAUAAAAAGCUGGCUUCCUAUAUCUUGAAGCAUGCGGCGGCGGGUAUGAUGCUGGUUUGCGAGCCUCUGUAA